AUCGAAUCAUCUUAGCUUUCGGUGUAUAUAUACAAGCGACUCACUGCUCCAACAAGUCGUUCUCUUACUUUUGUUCAUCCUUCAUAAUCCCUCAUUAGUACCAAAAAACAACAAAAUGAACAUACCAAGAAAAACCAAGUUUUCACUAACAUCAACAAUUUCGAUUUUUACCAUUUUCUUGCUAAUGCUUAAAACAACGUUAAAGGCCACCUCUCAAAAACCCCAAAUUCAUCUACAUGUCCAAAACCAUCUCCAACUUGCACAAUCCCAUUGCGAUGGCACCCUCUACACUGACCUUUGCAUCUCCACCCUCUCUAACAUCCCACACCUUCACAAGAAGUCCCUGACAGAGAUUCUCCGUUAUGUAAUCAGCGUGACAGAGGCCGAGGUACGUGCCUCGGCCACCAAUAUAUCUGGUCUCGAGUCUGUCAACCGGCACACUUUGAGCCGGUUACAGCACUUCGCGGUCAGGGACUGCCUCGAGCUCUUAGCGGACACGACAGAUGAGCUCGACACAGUCCUAGAUGAAAUGACGGGCCAAUGCGGUCCAUCCAACAAUGUAAGCAAUAUUCGCACCUACUUGAGCGCAGCCAUGACGUACCAGUAUACCUGCCUAGACGGGUUUGACGUUGGGUCUAGCAAGACACUUAGGCGGCUCAUUGAAACAGGUCUACUUAACAUCACACACCAUGUCAGCAACUCCCUAGCAAUGCUGAAUAAGAUCCGCGGGCCCCGACAUUGCAAGGACAAGACUAUGUCGUCGCCGCCUUACCAUGACGACGAUCUCCAUGAUCGCAACGGGCUGGACCGGGCCGGGCUCCCGCGCUGGAUGGAGAAGAAGGAUCGGAGGCUGUUACAGACGGCAAAACCAGCGUCACCCGGAAGUGGGACGACUACCCAAGUCGACAUUGUGGUGGCCAAGGACGGUUCUGGUAAUUUUACGACAAUUCGAGAGGCGGUGGCAGCAGCCCGAAAUUGGAGCACUACCCGGUUUGUUAUCUACAUAAAGACGGGAGCUUAUUUUGAGAAUGUGGAGGUGAAAAAGAAGAAGACCAAUAUUAUGUUCUUAGGAGAUGGAAUUGGGAAGACCGUUAUCAAGGCAAAGAGGAAUGUAGCUGAUGGAUACACCACUUUCAGGUCUGCUACUCUUGCUGUAGUUGGAGCUGGUUUCAUAGCCAAAGACCUAACAGUGGAAAACUACGCAGGGCCAGCCAAACACCAGGCAGUAGCUCUAAGAAGCGGCUCAGAUUUCUCUGCAUUUUACCGAUGCAGCUUUAUAGGCUAUCAAGACACGCUAUAUACCCACUCGUUACGACAAUUCUACCGAGAGUGUGACAUAUAUGGAACUGUAGACUUUAUAUUUGGUAACGCUGCUGUUGUAUUUCAACUCUGCAACUUAUAUGCUCGAACCCCCCUUCCGAACCAAAAAAACGUCUACACUGCUCAAAGCCGAAAAGACCCUAACCAAAACACAGGAAUUUCCAUCUUGAACUGUAAAGUCGCGCCUGCUGCUGACCUAGCAGCUAACAAGACGGCCUAUAAAACAUUCCUUGGGCGGCCAUGGAAGGACUACUCUAGGACCAUUUUUAUGCUCUCGUACAUCGACGAUGUGGUUGAUCCUGCUGGUUGGUUAGAGUGGUCAGGUGAUUUUGCACUAAGCACUCUCUAUUAUGGAGAGUACAAAAAUAGAGGGCCAGGGGCUAAUACUAGUGCCAGAGUUACAUGGCCUGGUUAUAAUGUGAUCAACAACUCUAGUGAUGCAAGCAACUUUACCGUCGGAAAAUUCAUCCUAGGAGGUGAAUGGCUUCAAUCUUAUGGUAUUCCUUACUAUCUUGAUUUGGACUAGUUAUUGAUAGGCAAAUUUGACUUGUCCUUAACAUACCAAGUUUUAGUUUUUUAAGCAAUGUUUGUUCAGUUAAUGUUAAUUUGUACUAAAGGUAACCUAUUAAGGUAUAAUUAGACCGAUUGUUUGAGUUCAUUCAAGCA